AUCUGUCUCGUCUGAUCUAAGGCUUCAUAGAAGAUCAAUCGAAAAAUCGAUUUCCAAUCCUCGACCAGACGGCGAACAAAUUACGUGGGUACUCUGGCUCGAUUGCUCUUGACUUGGUAGGUCUGUUGCGUUUUUUCUUUAAGGAACUGGGUCCCAGUUAGUCAGUUUGUCAACAGGCUGGGCGAGAAAACGAACCGUCGAUACAACUUGGUACGUGGAAGUGAUAACUCAAACGUUACCGUACGUUUCCCUGUUGAGAAAAACCUUUUAACUCGUCUGGUUUUUGUUGGUGUGUACUCGGACAAACAUGAAGUUCCCCUGACACGUCUGUUCUUCAGAAGCCCCCAGAGCAUCAUGGAAAUGUGAAACUUGACUCUCCAGUAAGGCAGAUGCAAGUCCCAGGCUGGAUUGAAUGGCACUGAGGAUACAAGACACUGACUCAGUUGGAGUACUGCGAUGACCAGCAAGCAUCAUAGCCAUGCAGAGAGCGCUCACUCCGCAGAAAAGAAGCCAUCCACUGCAUCCCCCAAGCUCCAUGUCCAGCGAUCGCUGUCGAAGGAGAACAUCACUAUCCACUUCUCAGCUCUUGGGAAGGAAGAAGAAGAGGAGGAAGAAGAGUUGUACAUUACCUCCGUCUCAGCUACCUCAGCCAUUCGGAAUGACUCAAACAUUGUGACAGCUUUAGAAGCAAGCGAGGAGAUGUUUGAAGGGGUAACACCAGACUCCAGACUUUCUUUAGUUUCUAGAAAACACACCGACAGUUUACCCACAGACACGCCGUCAUUGGAUGUUGCUGAGAAUAAAGGCUCAACUUCUUCCUCUUCUCCUUCUAAAUCUUCAAGCUUUCCCUCCAGCGACAAACCGUUUCUCAGUUUGGUGAAGUCUCUCUCCUCUGACAUGGAGACUUGUGAGGGGAUCCCCUCUGUUGCUGCUCCUACAGUUAGGCAUCGGCACCUAAUGAAGAACUUUGUCAAAUCUUUAUCUUCAGAUACAUCCCAGGACACAUCCUCCUCCUCCACCUCGUCCUCCACGCCCUACCGUCUUCCAGAAUCCCGCCUCAACCUGCAACUUUUCAAGCAAUUCACACAGUCCCGGUCUGGUGGCACAUCAUCAGCAAGUGAUUCAAAAACAGCCCCUUCCUCUCCGUUGACCUCACCAGACAAUCGCAGCUUUUUCAAAGUCUCAGAAGUGGAGGCCAGGAUUGAAGACACCAAGCGGCGUCUCUCUGAGGCCAUCUCCGAACCACUCCAGCUGCUGAGUAAGAUCAUCGAUGAGAGGAGCAGCAGUCUGUCUAGUAGCAGCCUUUACCGGCCCAAGGCCCUCUCUGCCAGUGCUACAGAGCUCUCCAACAUAAGUUCUGUCAAUGGUCACCCGGAGAGCAACAACAAUUACUGCAUCAAGGAGGAAGAAGGAGGUGACUGGGAGGCAGAGAGCCCCAACAGCCAUGCUCCUGCUGAACUGCCUGAUCCUCCCAGUGCUGACACCGAGUGCCCCAACAAACCCUCUUCACUGUCCAUGUCAUUGGACAAAUGCUCCAUGUCUGCUCUUGCCAAACAAGAGGAUGAGGACUUUUGCAUUCUUUACAACAAAGACUUUGACAUUUGCACAGAGACAGAUGGUGAGGGUGAUAGAACUCUUGAUUCUGGAAGCGGGAGCCCAACUAAAGUGCCACUAAGUGGUAGUACUGAACCAUGCAGUGAAGAUGAAUCACAAAGCAUUGAGCCGGCACCAAGUGUUCCACACUACACUCUCAUCAUCCUUACUCUUGUGGUCUAUGGGUGUUUUGUGUUACCGCUUCCCACUUACGUCGGAGGAGUUCUGCUUGGGAUCGCUCUGGGGUUCCUUUUAGCCAUAGGUGUGGUCUGGUUGACAGGACCAAAACCUUCCGACAGACGCUUUAGACAUUCCAGAUUUCAUGGGAAGUUCUGGAAUCUGAACAAGUUGGACAUUAAGGAACCAGAAAUCUAUAAGGGCUGGAUGAAUGAGAUCUCCAACUACGACCCCGAGACAUACCAUGCCACACUGACGCAGUCUGUGUUUGUCCGGUUGGAGGGCUCCAUCAUUCGUCUUUCCAAACCCAAUCACAACAUUGCACGCCGUGCAACACAUAAUGAACCAAAACCUGAUGUCACCUACAUCAGCCAGAAGAUCUAUGACCUCACAAACAGCAAAGUAUACGUAGUGCCUCAGAGUCUGGCCAGGAAGCGUGUAUGGAACAAAAAAUACCCCAUCUGCAUAGAACUCAGCAAACAGGAUGACUUCAUGUCUAAGGCCGAGGGUGACCGGUGGGAGCCCAGUGAGAGCCCCAGCACGAGGGACAGAGGAGAGGGCGCAGGAGGAGCACAGGAUCGAAGGUCUUCAUCCAGCAGAGACCUGACCCUCUACCUGUUUGGAAGGACUGGGAGGGAGAAGGAGGAGUGGUUCCAGCGCUUUCUCUCAGCGUCCAAGCUCAAGGCCGAUUUAAAGAAAGCCACAGGCGUUGCAGUGUGCAAGAGCGCGCCCACGGUUCUGAACUCUCACAGUCGCAGCAGCAGCCGGGGCAGUUUGGAUGAACUGGCAUCUCAGCCAAAGUCAAAGGACUCCUCAGCCUCCUCAUCCACAGCAGGCAUUGCCAAAGCGAAGCCACUACUGGACUACAGUGUAUAUAUGGCCUCCAUGCUGCCAAACCAGGCAGCAGUGAGCCCUGCAGCUACCAGCCCUGCUCCUCAGAGUCCUCAGAGCAGCCCGGGGUCUGAUAAGAAGCUUCAGAGCACCACUUCAGCUCCUGUGCAGCCCUGUGUGGAGGAGGAGGAUGAUAAUGUUGCCUGGGUGAAUGCGGCUCUCGGCCGUGUCUUCUGGGACUUCCUGAGCGAGCCCCACUGGGCUGAACUGGUCUCCAACAAGAUUCAGAUGAAACUCAGCAAGAUACGGGUGAGUGAAACAAGGCCGUUACAACCUUUCACUGCAACAAUGUGGAUUUAAACAGGCGGUAAAG